AUGAUAGAAUUAAUUGAGAAGUCACCAAAUCCACUGGCCAUCGUGGGGUUGUCAUUCCGCCUUCCCCAGGAGGCGGUGACCCCGGAAGCCUUCUGGGAAAUGAUAAUGGCGCGACGCUGCGCCGUGACAGAAUUUCCCCCAGACCGAUUAAACAUCGACGCCCACUAUUCUCCAGAGACAGACCGGCUGGACAGUUUGUCGAUACGCGGCGGGCAUUUCAUGAAAGAUGAUCUCAGUCGCUUCGAUGCUCCCUUUUUCUCCAUCACCGCUGCUGAGGCAGAGGCCAUGGAGCCCCCACAGCGACUGCUGCUCGAGUCGGCCUUUCAUGCGCUGGAAAAUGCCGGAAUCCCGCUAGAGCGCAUCGCCAAAACAAAGACUGCUGUCUUUGCGGGAUCGUCAGGUCAUGACUGGGCGGUCAUGCAGACUAAAGACCCUCUGUCCAUGCACAAGUAUGGCAUUACCGGGUCGACGGGAAACAUGUUGGCAAAUCGUGUCAGCUGGUUCUUUAACCUCACAGGCCCGAGUGCAACAAUCGACACAGCGUGCUCAAGCAGUUUGAUGGCUGUUGAUUUGGCGUGUCAGUCUAUCUGGAGCGGCCAGGCCACAAUGGGACUGGCUAUGGGUAGCAACGUUUUGUUGGCCGCAGAGACCACAUUGAUGAUGAACAACUUGGGCCUUCUGUCCAAAGACAAUCGAUGCUUCAGUUUUGAUGAAUGUGGAAAUGGGUAUUCCCGUGGUGAAGGUAUCGGUGUUCUAGUCAUCAAGACAUUGGAGGAAGCCGUCCGGGAUGGGGACCCUAUUCGCGCUGUCAUCCGAGCAUCUGCAUCCAACCAGGAUGGAAAGACCCCUGGUAUCACCCAGCCUAGCCCGGAGAUGCAGGCCAAGCUGAUCCGCGAUACAUAUCGUGAAGCGUGUCUCGAUAUGGGCAAGACACGAUAUUUCGAAGCCCACGGCACCGGAACUGCUAUCGGAGACCCCAUUGAAAUGAAGGCCAUUGGCUCUGUUUUCCAGCAGCAUCGUUCGGUCACUGAACCGCUGUAUAUAGGAUCAAUUAAGUCGAAUGUUGGCCAUCUAGAAGGUGCCAGUGGAAUGGCUGGUAUGAUGAAAGUCAUAUUAGCUUUGGAAAGAGGUAUCAUUCCACCGAACAGCGAGAAUCUACGGACUUUGAAUCCGAGAAUUGAUGAUGAAUUCUUGAACCUAAAAUUCCCCCAAGAAGCUCUCUCAUGGCCUACAGAUGGACUACGACGAGCGUCCAUCAGUUCAUUUGGAUACGGAGGGUCAAACACGCACAUUGUCAUAGAUGAUGCGUAUAAUUUCCUUAAUCUGAAUCAGAUGAAAGGAAACCACAACACAGUAUCAUCCCUUUCUACAACCACAAAUGGAGUGCACACAAGUACGAACGGCACCAAUGGAGUGGCCCAGGUUGAGGCUCCUAAACUUCUUGUUUGGUCUGCAGCAGAUGAAGGAGGCAUUUCUCGCAUCCAAGACACAUGGGGUUCAUUCUUGUCCUCAGAAUCCAUCGAAACUAAGAAACCCUUCCUCCACAAUUUAGCACACACUCUGGGCACAAGGCGGACACAUUUACCCUGGAGAACAUUUGCUGUCGCGCGGCCAUCAGACGACUUGACGACCCUAACGAAGCGGUUCAGCACUGCCUGCCAGUCCAGUGAAUCUCCCAACCUUGCUAUGAUUUUCUCUGGUCAAGGAGCCCAGUGGUACGCCAUGGGACGUGAGCUUCUCCACAUGUAUCCUGCAUUCAAAGCGUGGAUUGAAGAAGCAGGAGAAUAUCUUCGCACCUUGGGAUGCGAAUGGGACCCAGUUGACGAGCUCCAAAAGCCCGAGGCUGAGUCAAAUGUUAAUCGAACCGAGUACAGCCAGAUCAUGUGCACAAUUCUGCAGAUUGCUUUGGUGGAUCUCCUGCAUUCUUUCAAUGUGGUCCCCAAAGCGGUGUUAGGUCAUUCAUCUGGAGAAGUCGCAGCCGCGUACUGCUCUGGCGCGAUCUCCAGACGCUCUGCUUGGAAGGUAUCGUAUUAUCGAGGAAAUAUGAGCAGCGGUCUUGAGAAAUCUGCAAAAAUGAAUGGGUCAAUGCUGGCAGUAGCACUGUCCGAGCAAGAGGUUCUGCCGUAUAUAGAAGCAACUGGUUCCGAGUUUGAGGUCCCGCGACUCACUGUUGGAUGUAUUAACAGUCCUAAAAGCGUGACGAUCUCCGGUGAAGGUGUUCAGCUUGAUGCGCUUAAGGUCCGCCUUGAUAAGGACAAAGUUUUUUGUCGCAGACUCAUGGUCAAUCUGGCCUACCAUUCUUCCCAGAUGAAAGAAAUUGCAUCCGAGUACCUAGCAGCCCUUGGUGAAUUGGAAGGGUCUGGUUUGGCCCACCACACACGGCCACAGAUGGUUUCUUCAAUCACAGGUGAUUGGAUUGAUCCAGAUGAGCCGUGUCAAUCAUCUCACUGGGUGCGCAACAUGAUAUCCCCCGUGCGUUUCUCUGCCGGCCUUGCAACCCUUUGCUCGGCAUCUUCAGAGCCUUCCAGGGUACUGGAUGGCAGUCACCGCAGGAAGAUUAAGAUCGAUCAUAUUCUGGAAAUUGGACCGCAUUCCGUCCUACAGGGCGCUUGCAAAGAUAUCUUGAAGCAGAUGAAUAAGGUCUCAUCUGUCAAGUAUUUGUCUUUGUUGGUACGCAAGAUGUCCGCCGUUGAUACUGCCUUUUCUGUCUUCGGUGAUCUGUAUGCCGCUGGGUAUCCGAUCAAUCUCUCCUUGCUUAAUAUGGACGACCACACCUGCAGGGCUUUGACAGACCUACCGGAGUAUCCCUUCAAUCACGAUAAGUCAUACUGGCAUGAGAGUCGGCUGAGCAAGAACCACCGCCUGCGGAAGUUUGGUCGAAACGAUCUUCUCGGUCUCCCCGAUCUAAACCAGAACCCGCUCGAAGGACGCUGGAGGAAUAUCAUUCGAGUAUCAGAAAUGCCAUGGGUCCAAGACCACAAGAUCAAUGGGACGAUCCUGUACCCAGGCUCCGGAAUGCUGGUCAUGGCCAUCGAAGCAGCUAAGCAGAUGGCAGAUGAAGGAAGACCAGUAUCUGGUUUCAAUGUGCAAGAUGUGUCAUUCCGUGCAGCGAUUCGCAUCCCAUCGAGUGCGCAAGGUAUCGAGACCAGUUUCCACAUGCACCCUGCCAAGAAUAUGGAGUCCAGACGCUCAGGGUGGUUCAACUUCAAGGUUUGCACCCUGGAGAACGAAACAUGGACGGAAAAUUGCACGGGUUCCAUCCAGAUUGUGUACGUCAACAAAGAAGAGGAGAUGGACAAAGCAGUGGAAUUAGAACUCCAGGAAGCCCAGCGACAAGCUUAUGCAACUACCACCGCUGCCUGCAAGUCGAACAUGAGUGGAGAGAAGAUGUACGACACUUUGAAGAGAUCCGGGUAUGGGUAUGGUACAGCAUUCCAGCUGAUCACCGAGUUGUCCCUGAAUAAACCUGGGCGAGAGAUGACAUCUGUUGUGAAAAAGUUCUCGUCUUCCUCGGGAGAGACGAUUCAUCCAACAACACUGGACGCCAUCUUCCAAACAUCAAUCUGGCCAGCAGUUAACUUGGAUACGGAUAUUGUGCCCACUGCUGUGCCAACUCAUGUUGACAGGCUGUGGGUAGAUAGUCAGGCGAUGGAAUCGCAUGAUUUCAAGACAUAUGGCUCAUGUGUGGAGGUCUCACAAUUCCUUGGACCUGCCACCAGCAUUGUGGCACUCGAUCACGGCUUACAGAAAACCUUGGUCUCUGUCCAAGGUUUGCGCAUGAACAUCGUCAGUGAGCCGGAUCUUGCAGGUAUUGACGGAGAGUCUGUGGAUAGUCUCUGUCAUCAACUUUCGUGGAAACCGGACUUGAAGCUCCUGAGUGACGUUGAAAUCGCCCAGCUUUGCAAGACAGAAACAGGCAGUGAUGCUGACCACGAGCGCUUUUGUAAUGAUCUGGACUUCUUGAUCUCAAGAGGGAUCGCAGAGGCGCUCUCUAGCGUGCCAGAGGAAGAAAUCUCGUCGUCGAACCCGCAUUUAAAGAAGUACCGAAACUGGCUAGUCCACCGCCAGAGACUUGUUAACGAAGGAAACCUCGGAGUUGCCACUGACGGAUGGAAAGCCCUCUUCAAUGACGCUGAUUAUGUCCAGGAAGUCGAACAACGCAUUCGCAGAACUAAGCAAGGCUGCCUGUAUGCCUCUGUGGCGCGCAAUCUGCCAAAGUUCUUAUCUGGUGACCUUGACCCCUCAAACUUCCUGAAGGACGAAGGAAAGCUGGACGAAGUGUAUCAUGAGCUGGUCAUUGAAUCCAAUGGCCUCCGUGGGUUGGUCAAAUAUCUUGACCUCUUCUCUCAUGGGCAUCCCCAGAUGAAGAUGCUAGAGAUCAGGGGAGGUGGCGGAGCUGUAACAGAUCUCCUCGUUGAACAUUUGGCGAAAGUCAAAAAUGCUCCUCGCUACGGGCACUUCGACUACACUGAUGCAUCUCCAGACAAUGUUGUGAAAGCCCAAGCAAAGUUUGAGUCGAAAGCAGAAAGAAUGGCAUUCAAGAUCCUGGAUAUCAAGCAAGAUCCAGAAUCUCAGGGCCUUGAAUGUGGCACAUAUGAUAUAGUCGUGGCUUCGCUGAUCUCCCAUGAAGCGUUUUCCGUCAAAACCAUAUUGCAGAAUAUGCGAAAGCUGCUAAAAUCUGGCGGUAAACUCGUUCUGUAUGAUGGGGUUUUACCAGAUGGUCGGUCGACUUUUGUCUUUGGCUUACUCGAGAAGUGGUGGCAGGAUAUGGGAUCACACUGUCAAUCAGGUCGGUGUAUCGAUGAGAGUGAAUGGAAUGAGCUCUUGAGACACACUGGGUAUUCUGGACUGGACAUGUCGCUGCCGGACGUCAGUGGAAAUAUUUCCAGCGAACACGGCUUGAUGAUCUCCACUGUCACUGAAGAGAAGCAUGAGCCCUCCAGUUCGAGUGUUGAAAUCGUGUACGAUCCAGCUCAAGCAGACCAACUUGCUCUAGCACGUUCUAUUGCCAAGCGAUGCGACUUCCUUGGUAGCUCUCCCGCUCAAAUUGUCUCCAUCAAAGACGCGAUUACAACCCAGGCAAACGAUGAGACCCUCCGAGUUUUCAUUAUUGAGCUCGAGCGUCCAGUAUUGACGGUUGUUGAACAAGAGCUGUUUGAACAAAUGCAAGCCGUUCUCUCGACCACAUUGCGCGGACUGUGGAUCACUCAGGGAGGAGGCAUCUCGCCAGCCAAGCCUCAUUUCCGUCUAGCAGAGGGAUUGCUCCGUGUGCUAAUGGAGGAAGACGGACGGCGCAAUUUGCAUCUUCUUUCCCUUGAGCCUAAGGAAGAGUUGACCGAAGCGACGCAGCAAAUCACAAAGCUCGUUCGAUUCCUGACCUCAGGAGCUGCGAAAGAUGUGGAUACAGAGUAUAUCGAGCAAGGGGGGAUACUCCACAUUCCUCGGGUGGUCACCCCCAGUCAGCUUAAUGAGGUCGUGGCACGAAAGGCUAGCAAGCAGCAGAAAACAGUGCAGAAGUUCGACUGCGAGGUUCCCCUACAACUGGAUGCGACUUCUCCAGGCUUAAUCAGCGGGUUCAACUUUAUUGAAGACCCCACUGCAGCCAAGCCACUGGGUGCAAACGAGAUCGAGAUCAAAGUCACGUGUGCAGGAGUAAACUUCCGCGAUGUCUUGAUUGCCGUGGGACAGUUGAAAGCGAGCCACACCGGAUCCGAAUGCUCGGGUGUUGUCAGUCGAGUAGGUAGCGAGGUUUCAAAGUUCCAAGUGGGAGACUCGGUGACUGCCCUCGGAGACGGCUGCUUUGCCUCAUCAGUUCGAGUUCAAGAGAAUGGACCUGUUGUGAAGAUUCCUUCUGGGAUCACUUUUGAAGAAGCAGCGGCCUUACCGGUCAACUAUGCCACCGCAUAUGUUGCGCUGCAUAAUGUGGCACGCAUUCAACCUGGCGAGUCAGUUUUGAUUCACUCAGGUACAGGCGGCACUGGACAAGCGGCGAUUCAGAUUGCAAAGAACGCAGGUGCCAUUGUCUUUGCGACUGUCGGCUCCCAGAGCAAGAAGCAAUUCCUGAUGGAUACUUAUCACAUCCCCGAGACUCACAUAUUUUCUAGCCGCACGACUUUGUUCGCACAGGCUAUCAAGCACCGUACUGGAAACAAGGGUGUUGAUGUUAUCCUGAACUCGCUGGCCGGAGAGAGCCUGUUAGCAUCCUGGGAAUGCAUCGCACCCUAUGGUAGAUUCCUCGAGAUCGGUAAGAGAGAUAUCUUGUCAAAUCAAGGACUCCCAAUGGCGCAGUUCCUCCGAAAUGUCACCUAUAGUGGCGUUGAUCUUGCCGCAAUGUCAAUUGAGCGGCCUGAAGUCUGUGCCGCUGCUCUCGAAAAGGUCUUCGCGUCCGUGCAGGAAGGCAAAUUGCACCCAUCGCAGCCUAUUCAUCAACAUGGAGUAGGUGAGAUUGAGAAAGCAUUCCGUAUACUGCAAGGCGGCCAGCACGUGGGUAAAAUGGUGCUCGAAAUGCGCCCGGAAGACCAGGUGACAACCAUAUUGAAUACAACAACAAGCUAUUCCUUAGAUCCCAAUGCGACAUUUGUCGUUUGCGGUGGAUCAGGUGGACUGGGAAGCAAUAUUGUCAGUUGGUUUGCGGAUCGUGGUGCUCGCCAUCUCCUGCUUUUGUCGCGUUCAGGUGGCCAAGGCGAGAAGACUCGCGCUCUUAUCAAUCGUCUGGCGGAACGAGGUGUGAAAGUGAUGGCUCCAGCAUGCGAUGUGUCGGACGAAGGAGCAUUGCAAAAUGCCCUGAAGAAAUGUGCGUCCGAGAUGCCUCCCAUCAAAGGAUGCAUCCAAGCGGCCAUGGUGUUGCGCGAUGCUCUCUUUGAAAACAUCACUCAUCAGUCGUGGCACGAGUCACUUUCACCUAAAGUCCAAGGCUCCUGGAAUCUUCAUCAACACCUUCCGCGAGGAAUGGACUUUUUCAUCAUGCUAUCGUCUAUUUCCGGCCUCGCUGGAACAACAGGCCAGGCUAAUUACGCAGCAGGAAAUACCUUUCAAGACGCGCUUGCUCGUUAUCGCGUUAGGCUCGGCGAGAAAGCAACCGCUUUCGAUCUUGGAGUAUUCACAUUCGCUGGAGCCGUUUCCGAGGACGCCCAAUUGCGUGAAAAGCUGAUUGCCAACAUGAGCUUGGAACCUGUGACUGAACCCCAAUUCCAUGCCAUGCUGGACUAUUACUGUGAUCCCAAGGCCGGCCUUCAGAAUAUCUCAGAUUGCCAGGUCACAAUAGGUCUGUCUCCGAACACAGCGCAGGCGACAUGGCUGAAGAGGCCGAUGUUCCGGCAGGUGGCAGCUCACGAAGUAGUUGGUGGUGAUCAUGGCACACCUGACUCUGUUGCUGCAUCUCUUCGCCAGGCCGAGUCUUUGCCUGCUGCUACUGCGUUGGUCACGGAAGCCAUCGCUUCGAAGCUCUCCAAGGCUCUUUCAAUCUCUGUCACAAAUAUUGAUGCCAACAAACCUUUGCAUCAGUAUGGAGUAGACUCUCUUGUUGCAGUGGAACUGCGGAGCUGGUUCGUCAGGGAACUACAAUCCGAGAUGGCGGUAUUUGAUAUCUUGGGAGGUGCGACGUUGACUUCAGUGGCCCAGAUGGCCACGAGUAAGAGCAAGUUGUGCGGAUCUUGGUCUUGA